UACGCAAUUACGUCAUUUCCGGGACUGCAACACGGAAGUCACGGAAACAAAACAAAUACUCGUUCAAAUCUGCGUCGAUUGGAAGUCGAAGAAGACGCCUUAAACACCGUUUAACCGUCCGGAUUACCGACUCGUUACCACGAUGGACUUCCUUUUUGGAAAGAGGAAGACUCCGGAGGAGAUGCUGAGGCAGAAUCAGAGGGCGCUGAACAAAGCCAUGAGGGAACUGGACCGGGAGCGAAUGAAGCUGGAGCAGCAGGAGAAGAAGAUCAUCGCUGACAUCAAGAAAAUGGCCAAACAGGGACAGAUGGACGCCGUCAAGAUCAUGGCCAAGGACUUGGUGCGCACGCGGCGCUACGUGAAGAAGUUCAUCAUGAUGAAAGCCAACAUUCAGGCCGUCAGUCUAAAGAUCCAGACGCUGAAGUCCAACAACAGCAUGGCGCAGGCCAUGAAGGGCGUCACCAAAGCCAUGGCGACCAUGAACAGACAGCUGAAGCUGCCUCAGAUUCAGAAGAUCAUGAUGGACUUUGAACGGCAGAGCGAAAUCAUGGACAUGAAGGAGGAGAUGAUGAACGACGCCAUCGACGACGCCAUGGGCGACGAGGACGACGAGGACGAGAGCGACGCCAUCGUGUCCCAGGUGCUGGACGAGCUCGGUCUCAAUCUGUCCGACGAGCUGUCAAACCUGCCGAGCACCGGGGGGAGCUUGUCGGUGGCCGGGGGGAAGAAGGUGGAGCCUCAAGCCGCCCUGGCCGAUGCCGACGCCGACCUGGAGGAGCGGCUGAAUAACCUCAGGAGAGACUGAACACGUUAAAUACAAACGGGUUUUAGACUGUUUGGAAGGAUUAACUGGCGGAACACUUGAGCUGUGUUUAUAAAGGUGUGUGUGUGGCUUUUUUUGUUUCCAAGGUGUUUUCUUUUGUUUGUUCUGAUUUGUUAUAUCAACAAAAAAGGAAAACCUUGUAAGGGUUGUUAUCUUCCACAGCGCUUCUUGUCAUCUAAAACGGAAACCAAAUGACUCAAAUUCUCUGAAAGUGACCAUUUGUCUCGCAGUCGGUGUAAAUACUAACUUCUGUUUUUCACACUUUAAAUAAACACUAAAAAAAAUAAAGAACCCAAAGGAAGGUUGGUAGCAGGACGUGGAUGUUUUAUAUGUCAGUACUUUUUCCCCAUCGCACUGGUUUGGUUUUCUUUUUAACAUCCUCGUAGACAGUUGUGAGCUUUUUGACUCCUCGUUAUAUUUAUUCAGCUGGAGAGGGAGAACCAACUUGGUAAUCGCAACAUCCUUUCUUUCUAAAUUCACUCAUGGGACGGUUUAUUAUACACAAAUAUAUAAAGAAAGCUGACUCCUCCUCAGUUGCAGUCACUGGUGACUCAUGUUGUCAGUGUUUGAGACAUUCAAGAUUUUAACCAAAUGAGUCGGCUGUUUUUUUCUUUACUCAAUAAACUUUUUUCACAGUAUAUCUAACUUGUUUUGUGAUUUGAAGAAACUUCAAGAAGCACAUGAAGUUUAGUUUAUCAGCCAAAAGAUGUUCUGGGUCUUUGAAGUCUUUGUUGCUCUGGAUCUGAGGAAUAAAUAUCCCACAAUGCAA